AAGCCAAUCUAGCUCGUCUCUUCCAUAUUCCUACUCUGUAACUUCUAAUCUCAGGAGCAUUGGAGGACGGCCAGCAACGAACGGACGAAGGGCGAGUCGCGGUUAGUUCUCUUUCCGCUAGUCGCCAGAACCGGGCCUUUGGACGACCUGGUGAGUUGAUUCUCUCCGGAGCUGCGAAUUUUAGGGUUUAAGCUUCGUAUCUUUUUGGGUUCUUUUGUUCAAGUUUGAUGUUAAUGCUCAAGUCGUUAAUCGAAAUCUGUGUGAGUUCUCAUGAUUUGAAUGAAAAUGUUCAAAUGGGAUGGUUAUGAUCUUACAUAAAGUCCAAAUCUUGAGUUGCAGUCGAGAUACUGGGUAUUUUGUCAGCUGCCUUACCUGUGUCAAUGCCCGGCGGCUAUUAGAGUAGGCUAUAAGGAUUUAUUGUCGCUGUUCAGAAUGUGCUUGCUUGAGAGUUGGUUAUACAGUGUUGGCGUUGGAGAAUUGAUGGAACUGUGUACCAUUUUGUUGGGCAGAAUACUGUCCAGAAGGAAAUGCCGGAAGACACCGAGUACCGUUGUUUCGUUGGUGGGCUUGCCUGGUCAACAUCUGAUAGAGGGCUGAAGGUGGCAUUUGAGAAGUAUGGGAAUCUUGUUGAAGCGAAGGUGUGAGAAUCUCCAAAUCACUUGUCACUUCUCUGGUCUACAAUGGCACCAUACCUUCCAUGUUAAAUCGUUGUUUCUUACAUUGAGCCAUAACUUGAAUAGCAAUGCAACAUGCCUGAGGUUUUUGGGGUAAUGGCGGAAAAUUGAAAAUUUGAAAAAAACUUGAGUAGUUAAGUGUUAAAAAGUGUUUCUUGCUUUGAGAAAGGCAGGAAUUUCUUUGUUGCAUUGCCAUGAUUAGAGAUGCUGUAGAGCAGUAUAAAAACAUGAUCUUUUGUCAACUAUAGGUGGUUGUUGAUAAGUUCUCUGGGCGCUCCCGGGGAUUCGGAUUUGUGACUUUCGAUGAGAAGAAGGCAUUAGAAGAAGCUAUAGAAGAAAUGAAUGGGAUGGAUUUGGAUGGUCGAACCAUUAUAGUUGAGAAGGCCCAACCUAGCCAAGGUUCAGGACGAGAUCAUGAUUCUGAUCGAAGCCGUGACCGUGGAGGCGAUCGUGGUGGUAAUGGUGGAGAUUGCUUCAAGUGCGGGAAACCUGGACAUUUUGCUAGAGAAUGUCCAAGUGGUGAAGGAGCAAGAGGAGGCGGUAGGUAUGGUGAUCGAGAUGAUGAUUCAGAUCGAAGCCGUGACCGUGGACGCAAUCGCGGUUCAGACUAUGAAAGUGGAGGCAGGCGUGGUGGUAAUGGUGGAGACUGCUUCAAGUGUGGGAAACCUGGACAUUUUGCUAGAGAAUGUCCAAGUGGUGAAGGAGCAAGAGGAGGCGACAGGUAUGGUGAUCGAGAUGAGAGGUAUGGAGGUGGAAGUAGCAGAGAUGGGAGCCGCUAUGGUCCUGAUAGGAAUGGAGACCGUCAUGGAGGCCGUAGUAGCAGAGAUGGUGGUAGCCGUGGUGGUGAAGGGAGUGAUCGAUACAGUCGCGACCGUUCUGGACCAUAUGAUCGAUAAAAUAACUUCCAGCUCUGAUGAGAGACUUGAAGGAGCUGCUCUUGCUGUCUGCAUCGCAGUAGACCUGGUAGCUGCAGAUGUGAGGACUUCCUUGUUGGCCUUUUUUGUGGAUCAGCCUUGUAGAUCAGUUUCUUCAAGUGCAAAACUUGCACGGAUGUGUAGUACUUUGUGUUCUCCAAAUGGUGCCCUUUGAUGUUUGUGUGCCGGAUGAUGAUGAAUCUUAUGGUUUCUUGACAUGGAAUUGUGAGGUGGCCCUUGUUCUGCUUGAGUUUAAGUUGGUGUUCCUUAUGUUCUUUGUGGUAGCAGCUGCUUAAUCAUAAUCAUGCUCAACACGGUUCGUUUGAUCAUUUUGUGUCGGCAAGAACCAUGAACGAAAGGUGGGUUCAUUACGGACAGGCGAGGAACAAUGGCCUGAUGAUGUUCUCAAGUGUACUUUUGGGAAGGAUGGAAGAGCUGAGAAACAGUUUACAGUUGUUCUUUGGUUUCCAUUCGUCUUGUUGGAUGUUCUCCAGUGUACUUGUGGGAUGGAUGGAAGAGCCGAGCAACAGUUAACCGUUGUUCUUCUGUUUCCACUCAUCUUGGUGGAUGUUCUCCAAUGGCGAUUUCUUGUUCACUAGUUCUUCUGGCUGGCCUCUGGUUGCUGCCAUCCAGGUAGAGAUACUAAGUGGGAAAAACUGGUGUCUGAAGUUCAGACUUUUCAGAUAUCUAUCUUUGCGAUAUCUGUCCUUUUUUCCGGCCCGGCCCGGCCCAUCAAUAGCGUCUCUCGUUUCAGCCGGUUUGUAUAUGCCUUUCCCCAUAAUAAAAGCUAAAACGAAUC